GGAGGAUCAGGGGCGGGACAUUGUGUCGGGCCCGCCCGCAGCCUCCGCUCCUCCACCGCACCCCGCAGUCCAAGCCGGGGGUGGGAGGGAGAAGGGGAACGAGCUGCCUUAUCUUGCUUGCAAAAUCCUGCUCACCUGACCGUUGAUCGUUGCGUCCGCAGCCACAGGACAGAGAUCUGCAGUCGGGGCUGUGAGGAAGAUGAGUUUCCAUCUGCUUUUGCUGCUGCAUCAUUUGUAAAGCUCCUGUGUUACUCAGUGUUCCUGAGUCUGCCUUCCCUCUCCCAAGAUGCUGAGAAGAGUCCUGUGUACCAUGUUGCUCAUGGGAGCCUUGCCAUCACAGGCUGAGGCGUCUCAGGGCCACAUCUCUGUGGUCUUGCUGGGAGCCACAGGGGAUUUAGCCAAGAAGUAUUUGUGGCAGGGUUUGUUCCAACUCUACAUAGACCAAGUGAGCAGUGGCCACAGCUUCACCUUCCAUGGGGCUGCGCUGACAGAUCUGGAACCAGGGCAGAAGCUGAUGUUUGAUGUACUGAAGAGGCUGGCCUGUCCCCCAGAUGAAUCUCCCAACAGGUGUGCUGUGCUCAAGGACCAAUUCCUGAAGCUGAGCCAAUACCACCAGCUGAAAACUGCUGAAAACUACACUGCGCUGAACAGGGAGAUUGAGAUGCUGCUUCACCAGGAGGGGCUGAAAGAGGCAGGAAGGAUCUUCUACUUCUCAGUACCACCAUUUGCCUACACAGAGAUUGCUCGACACAUCAACAGCAGCUGCAGGCCACCUCCGGGUGCCUGGCUACGUGUGGUGCUGGAAAAACCUUUUGGCCAUGACCUGGAGUCAGCCCAGCAAAUGGCUGCAGAGCUGAUGAGCUUCUUCAGGGAAGAGGAGAUGUACCGGGUGGACCACUACCUUGGUAAACAGGCUGUAGCCCAUAUCUUGCCUUUUCGAGAUCAGAACCGUCAGUUUCUGGAUCCGAUUUGGAACCGACAUCAUGUGGAAAGAGUGGAGAUCGUCUUGAAGGAAACUGUGGAUGCUAAAGGCCGCACCAGUUUCUAUGAGCAGUAUGGAGUCAUCCGGGACGUGCUGCAGAACCACCUCACUGAGGCCCUGAUGUUCCUGACCAUGGAGCUCCCAGGAAACCUGAGCAAGGCUGAAGAAGUCUUGCAGUGCAAGCUGCAGGCCCUGCAGUCCUUGCGAGGCCUGGAGAAACAGAGUGUUGUGUUGGGUCAGUAUCAGGCAUAUGCCAGCCAUGUAAAGGAGGAGCUGCAGAAGGGGCAGGACUAUGUCAGCAGAACACCAACCUUUGCAGGUGUGCUCAUUCACAGUGACAGCCUGCGUUGGGAAGGGGUUCCUUUCCUCCUGACUUCUGGAAAAGCUCUGGAUGAACGGGUAGGUUAUGUCCGUGUUCUCUUCAAGAACCGGGCCUACUGCACACAGAGUGAGGCUUUGAGGGAUGCAGGGCACAGCCAAUGUAAACCCAAGCAGAUUGUAUUCUACAUCGGACAUGGAGUGCUCGACACCCCAGCAGUGCUGGUGAGCAGGAACCUUUUCAAGCCCAUCAUGCCAAAAAGCAGUUGGAAAGAAGUUGUAGGGCAGCCAAACCUGCAUGUUUUUGGACAGCUGCUGUCUGAUUACUACAUGUACAGCCCUGUGAAAGAGAGAGAUGCGUAUUCUGUCCUCAUCUCCAACAUCUACCAUGGCAGGAAAGACUUCUUCAUAACCACUGAGAACUUGCUGGCCUCCUGGGCAUUCUGGACACCGCUGCUGAACAGCAUUUCACACCAGGCCCCACGCCUCUACCCUGGUGGAGUGGAGAACCAGAACUUCUUAGACUUUGAAAUGGUGAGUGGGGAACUGGCAUUCACAGAGCCAGAGCCAGUGGAAUUGCUGAGCCUCGGUGGGCCGAUGCCAAGUGAUUACAAGACGAUCCAGUCAAAGUUUCGACAGAGCCCCCUGGUCUCAGCGUGGUCUGAGGUCUUGAUUUCCCAGCUGGCUUCUGAUAUCGAGAAGGCAGCAAGCAGAGCUGUGGCACGCUCUGGGCAGUUCCACCUGGCUCUCUCAGGUGGCUCAAGCCCAGUGGCCCUAUUCCAGCGGCUGGCAAGACACCAUUAUGACUUCCCAUGGAGGCACACGCACCUCUGGCUGGUGGAUGAGCGUUGUGUCCCACUCACUGACCCAGAGUCCAACUUCUUCAGCUUGCACAACCACCUCCUGCAGAACAUCAGAGUUCCCUACUUCAAUGUCCACCCCAUGCCCGUGCACAUGCACCAGCGGCUCUGUGUGGAAGAGGAUGGAGGCGCAGAGCUGUAUGCCAAGGAGAUCAUGGCCCUGGUGGCCAACGCCAGCUUUGACCUGGUGCUGCUGGGGGUGGGCACUGAUGGGCACACUGCCUCGCUGUUCCCCCACUCUGAGAACGGCCUGGAAGGGGCUCAGGCUGUGGUGCUGACCGAAAGCCCUGUCAAACCUCACCAGAGGAUGAGCCUCAGUUUGCCCCUUAUCAACAAGGCCCAACAGGUGUUUGUCCUAGUUAUGGGGAAGGGCAAACAUGACAUCACCACGCUGAUCAGCAGGGUGGGUCGUGAGCCAAGAAAAUGGCCUAUCUCGGGUGUCAACCCCAGCUCAGGUCAGCUGGUGUGGUACAUGGAUUAUGAAGCUCUGCUUGGGUGAUGUUCCUAGUGUCCCUUCUAGUCCUGGCUCUUAAAACCUAGAUUUUCCUACAGGGUGUCCAUGUUUUUCUAUUGCCAGCAGCAGCUUCUUCUCUGAUAGAGAAUUUCUCUGGGAAAUUGGUGGUCUGCAUUGCCUCUGGCAUUUGAGCUCAGCUCAGUGUGCAGAGCUAAGCAGGAUCCAAGAGCCCGGUGCGGCAUUGCUGGCUCUGCCAGGACUGAGCUGUGACAUUGGACAGAUUACCUCACCUUGAAGUGCCUCAGUUUUCACCUCUCAGGCUUUUAUGAUUAUUAACACUGAGCUACCUCGUACACACAAUGGGAGACUUAUUAAAUUAAAUACCUGCCAGAAAUUUUCUUCUUUAUUCUCAGGUCUGAAGAUGGACAUGGUAAUGACGUGUCUGUCUUCUGCUCAGCUUUGCCUGGGACGUUGCAGUGGCCUCAGCAAAAUGAGUCUCAUGCACUUGAGUCUGUUUGUUGUGUCCAUGCAGCCCAUUGUAAUGUCAGCCAGUACAGGCUGUGGCUGGGCUCUCCUGCAGCUCUCAUGGCAUGUGGCCCCUAAAUGCUGACACCAAUUUGUGAGCUCUCUGUAGUUCUGGGUCUUCGCCAGUUGCCGAGCAGCAGGAGCUGAGACUAUACGCAGUAAUUUGCUGCUUUCCUUAAGUGGGUAGCUGGUACCAGGGGGAUGGAGAAGGAAACCACACUGCUUUUUAGGCUGUUAGAAUAAUGGGGACAGGGCAAGGAACAUGGCAGUUCACAAAGCUGUUAUUUCCUUGCAGCACAAUAAUUAUUGAGGGAAAACCUUGGUGUUCAGAAUAGUCAUUUGUGUUUAGCCAGCGAAGGAGUGUUGUUUUCCUUAUCCAUCUUCUGUGUUUGUGUCAUUUCUCUAAACCAUUUUUGUCUGUCCUCAGAAUUGAAGCUUGCUGUGCCAUUCAGUGGCUUAUAAAAUUUCUGUGGGAGGCAGCUUUAAAAACCAUCCACGUGUCCCUCGUUACGUUGUGCAUUAAUGUAGUUUUGGGAUGGGGGUGGUUGGAUUUCAGCUCCAGGACACUGACUUAGAAUAGCAAGGAACUUUCUCCACACAUCCACUCUGGCUGGUCCUGUGUGGAGCCACAAGUUAGACUCAAUGAUUCUUAUAGGUCACUUACAACUUGGGAUAUUCUGGAUGGAGGUGGUGGGGCUCAGAGUGAUGCAGGGACCCCAGUGCUGACACAAAAUGGCACCUGGACUGCAGGAAGCAGCAGUGAGUUGUGUGGCUUUAGGCUGUGCCACCCUUCAUGGCCCUGUAGCCUCAGGAGGAAAGUGGGAUCCUCAGUAAUUGCUCCUGGAGUUUGGUGACUCUUCACAGACCUGCAGUUCCCCAGGAUGUGGAAGGAAGGAGACUUUGUUUGCAGCAGUUGAAUGAUAGGCAUUGGCCUCAAAUCCUUCCCUGCAUGGGGCAUCUGCUGGAUCCUGGUAAUGAGGAUGCAAAUUGGGUUGCAUCCAAUUGCAAGUCUGGCAGCACGUGGAACACUUUGAAUGGCCCACGCUUCCAGGUUCUCAAGUCCUUGCCUUCCAGCAUAAUUCUCAUCUUAAUGCAGAAAUCAGAACCUCUGCUAAUUGUGCAGAUAAAAGAGCAUUGAGCAAACUGCAGAGAGCCUGUUGGUUGUCAGCAGUCCCUGGGCAAACAGGGCCAGGGAGAACAUGAGCUGGCAGAAGCUGUGGGCUGCAGGAACAGGCCAAGUUCUCAGGGGCUGGCUGCAGUCUCUGGCAGCCCCCUCCCAAACUUGCAGAUGGUGCUUAAAAGCAGCUUAAAAACAGCUUUGUCUGUACUGCAGCUGACUGAGCAGAGCUGAGCUGUCCUGAUGCACAUCGCUUGGCUCUUACAUGGGAAAGGAUGGGACUUCUCCAGGUGUAGCUGUGUCAUCUGCAGAAGAAAGACAAGUGCCUUAACUGGCCUGCUUCAGCAACUGGGAUGGUUGGUUGGUCUGUGCUUGCUCAUCAAUACGUUUGCUGCUGCCUGUUUGGGGCAGAAACACAAAAGGGUGAAAAUAAAUUGCAGGGGAAGAAAAUAGCAUAGAAAUGCAGGAGGAAGGCAAGCACUGCAGGCACCUUGGUGCAAGUAAAGUCUGGAAUAAGAGAAAAUAACUGGAAUAAGUAGAUGAGUGAUUACAAACACUGGCUCUAAAUUAUACCGCAGUAGCUGGAACAGCUGUGCAGAGGAAGAUGUGUUAGGUCUGGUAUAUCCAUAAAUUGAAACUUCAUUUUCUUUCUUCAAACAAAAGUAGCCGUGUUAACUUGAAUCUGUUCUUGUGUACUUGAGGUUGAGGGAACAACAAUGAAAAAUGCACCUAUGUGGGAAUGAAUACGUUGUUACAAAUGGCAGAAUCUAUUCCUGCUUUACAAACUGUGACGGUUGUGGUUUCUCGUUUCUGCACGUUCUUUUAUAACAUUUGGCUGGUACCUUUCAAAAUAAACACCGAUCUUUAUUUUUAGAGGGCUUUAUUUGCACUUCUAAAUAACGUUCUCAGCACUGCCAGCCCAAGAGCAGCUGUUCUUUAGAGCUGAAGAUAGGGAUCGUUUGGGAAGUCUCCAAUGGGUCACCCUGAAAUUCAGCCUGGUUUUAUAAAAAUCCAUUAGGAACCUGUGUGUGUUGUUCUCAUUGAGUAUAGCUGUCAGGGUUGUUUGGUUUCCUUGAGCACUGUCUAUAUAUUUUUUCCACAGACAUUCCUUUUAAACUCUUUACUACUCAGCAUUUGCCAGAUGAGAAGUAAAUAUUUUGCAGCGUGUAACGUUUGUGACUGGCAAGAAGGAGACUGGAUGGGAAGAAGGGCAGAACCAGCAGCAAAUCUGAUGGAGAAGAAUGGUAGAAAUCCGCUGGGCUACAGGCCAAGGAGCAGUGCUAUUUUUAUGUUGUAAAAGCUAUUAAUAGGAGCCGUGCACCUUCCUGACAGGCUGUGUAUUAACCUUUCUUUGCAGAAGCAAAUCCAUGGAGUAACUGCUUGGAGUCUUUCUCUCCUAAAUGAACAUUGAUAACAACUCCUUUCUGUUUUUUUAAAUGACAGAUGGUUUCUUCAUUGCAUUCCUGUCGUUCAGUGGUGUGAUAUUUACUGUUCUAUAGAAAACUAACACUGGAAUUCAUUCUUUCUCACUGUAACUUUUAUAACUCAACUUGUUAAAUCUUAUUUUCCCAUGAGUAAAUUUUGAUUCCUUUCAUGUUGUGUCAUGAAUAGUGAUUUAUAUUUAUAAAAAAAUAAAUAUUUUUUCAGCAUUAA